AUGCAGUCAUUCCUUACUUUUGCAUUGCUUUUCGGCAGCACUCUGGCUGCUCCAUUAAACGCUGACCAGAAUGAAGUCGCUCGUUCUGUUGAGGGCGCCCUUGGCCUGGAGAAACGUCAAACCCUUCCCCGAUCCGUAGUCCAGAUCAUUGACUUGGGCAACGGUGAAGACUCCGAGACUUCUACCACCGAUGCUUUCAUCGAAACCACUGCUACCAGCACCACUGCCUUCGGGAUCCCGACUGAUGGACCUGUCGAUCCUUUUGGAUCCACGGAUGAUAUUCAACAGCCAGAUCCCGCCGGCCCCAUCAGUGGUCUGGACAAGAGACAACUCGAUGCUCUGACGAGUCUUCUUGGAGGACUGGCACCCGUACCCAUGAACAAAAGACAGCUCGAUGCUCUGACGAGCCUUCUUGGAGGACUCAAGUCCGAUCGCCUGAACAAGCGACAACUUGAAAGUAUCACCGGUCUUCUUGGUCCACUCCUCGGAGGCCUUGGAGGCCUAGGGGGUGCACCACCUGCCGUGCCUCCACCUGUACCCGUUCCCGGGGUCACCGCUACUACGACCGCUACUGGGGCCACUUCUACUGCUAGCGGUGCUGUUCCUACCAACCUCGAGGAGUUCCCCACUUUUGGUUCUGAAUGA